AUGAAAAACAAAGUUCAACUAGACAGAAAUAAAUUUAGAGACGUGAUUGAAGAAGAACUCAGAAAACGACGAAGUAAAUUGCAGAGUGCUGAAGAAUUGCAAGAGGAAUGUUUUAACGAUGCUACGUUCAUGACUUCUUUUGCAAAUACAAUCGCCAAUUUGGUUACCAGUAAACUCACUGAGCAAAUAAACGCAUUGAAAGAUAAAAUAUCUGAUCUGGAAAUUGAGAAGGAAAAUCUAUCCAAGAAAGUCGAUGAGUUGGAACAAGGCAGUAAGAUAAACCAGCUAAGAUUAUAUGGGCUUCCUGAAAGCUCUACCGAAGAUUUGAAAACAAAAGUUCAACAAGUUAUUCAAACCAAUGUUCAGGUGCAAGAUAUUUCUAUGGAAGAUUGAAUAAUUUUCGGUGAAUUUAAAUUAUUUAUACUCACGCUUACCGGAACCGUAUACGACGUUUCUUUGGAUGCAGAAGAUUAUUACAAAUCUCGUGAUGAACAAAGCCCUUUAAACCAAUGCGAACAUACAAUUGAAUCCAGUGCUACGGUACAAAAUGAGAAUUCAGAACCCAAAAACGAGAAAGAAAUUACAACAACCGAUGAAAGAGAUUUGGAUACUGGUUUAGAACAUCUGAAGAUGAUAACCCCGAGGGAGUUUUUGAGGGAAGAGUCAAGAACAGAAACAGAACCAAUUAUGAAGAAUAUUUGA